AAAGUGUAUAUUGAUUGUUAAAACAAUGGAAUACGUACUCAUCAAAGACAUACGGCCGGGCCAGAAAAACAUUAACGUGGUGUUUAUUGUUCUGGAAGUUGGUCAUCCUACUAUCACCAAAGAAAACCGCGAAGUUCGGACGUUUAAAGUGGCGGACAGUACGGCAUGUAUGAACGUUUCGAUUUGGGACGAGCCUGGACAGCUCCUGGUACCAGGCGAUAUUGUAAGAUUAACGAAAGGAUACGCGUCCGUUUGGAGGCAGUGUUUAACGCUGUACUCAGGGAAGAAUGGGGACAUACAAAAGAUCGGAGAAUUUUGCAUGGUAAUCAAUGAACAGUUAAACAUGAGCGAGCCAAAUCCUGCUUUAGCGCAACAAAUGAUUAAUCAAAGUGGAUCUGGUCCACCUGGUAGUAACGUUAACAAUAGCAUUACAAAUAACGGUAAUGCAAAUAAUAUCGCUGGCCAACCUGGAAGGCAACCAUUGGGAUUUCAUUAUCCUCUUAUUGUAGUGAUAUGCCACUUGUUAAUUAAAUUUUUAUUCGCCGCUUCAAUAAGAUGUAUCAAAACAUGUUGGGGAAAGCAACAACAAUUAAAGCUCCCCUUGCAAAGCAUAAUAGGGACGAUUAUGCCACUUGGCAUAGCCAGUGGUCUUGAUGUUGGUCUAUCAAAUUGGGCAAUUUCAUUAAUUACAAUAUCAUUGUACACAAUGACAAAAUCCACUGCUAUUAUUUUUAUCCUUGGGUUUGCUCUUUUCAUGAAAUUGGAAAAAAAGUCUUGGUCAUUAACAUGUAUUGUAGUAAUGAUAUCAGUAGGCUUAUUCAUGUUUACCUAUAAAUCAACGCAAUUUGAAAUUUUUGGAUUUGUCAUCUGCCUCCUAGCAUCAUUUUCAAGCGGUAUUCGAUGGACAAUGUCACAAUUAAUAAUGCAGAAAUCUAAAUUUGGAAUGAAAAGCCCAAUUGAUAUGAUGUACUAUAUGCAAUUGUGGAUGUUAGUACCUAUCACACCUGUGAUGCUAUGGUUUGAAGGACCUCAGGUGUACCGUGAUUUUAUAACAAUAGAUUGGAAUGAUAUUCAGUCUAUUUCGAUGACUGUAACUGCUGUACUUGGAAGUGCUAUUAUAGCUUUCCAUAUGGAAGUUAUGGAAUUUUUAGUUAUUACAUACACGUCUAGUCUUACACUUUCUAUUAUCGGCAUAAUUAAGGAAAUAUGUAUUUUAAUCUUGGCUGUUGAAUGGAAGGGUGAUCAAAUGAGUGGUAUCAAUUUUCUAGGGUUGUUAAUGUGCCUUUGUGGAAUUAUAAUUCAUACCGUUAAGAAAGUACUCUCGAGUAGAAAUAAAAAAGUUGAGACUUUGGAAAUGCAAGUAAAUUCUCUAUCGAGUAAUAGUCUAAAACACGAUGACGGGAUCGAUACGAAUUUUCCUUUGUUAACGCAGAAAUCGACGUCGCUAACAAAUCUUUUAAACGCGGAAUUCAGUUCGGAGGAAGACGACAUAAUCAAACACGAUGAGAAUUCUACUCAAGUACUGUCUAACAUAUUGCAACGUAGGGAGCAGUAGAAGUCUAAGUAUUCGAUAUUCAAUGUGUGCAUUGAGAUGAAGUUUAUUUAUUACAAAAGAGAGAAGGAGUCAUUCCAUGUCCACUUAUAUAUGCUGUUUACCGCAUUUGAUAUAUAUUUUUACAUUUACCAAUGCUUUUUUACGUAAAGACUUUGUCGAUGGUUUCUAUGAAUUUUAACUAUAAAAUGAUUUUCAAAUUACUUUUUCUAUGUCAUGUCAUGAAGUAGGCAAACUUCUAUUUCAAUAUUUAUUUAAAAAUGUUAAAUAUAUGAACAGUAAAGAGAAAGUUAGCAAAGUAAAGUAUAAUACGUAUAUUUAAUGUAAAGAAAUUUAUCCUGUAAUUAGUAUUUCUUACUUGCAGUCUGUGUUAUUAGUUCCUUAUCAGAGGCUAGCAUAAUAUAACAAUGUUACCGAUAGUACUUUUCAAAUUUUUUUCCGAUCGUGUAUAUCAGUGUAUAUAUAAUUAAGACUUCCGAAAACGCAGCAUAAUAAUGGAUAUUAAAAUUAACAUUAAGUAUAUAAAUAUGUGUGUUAUAGAUUGUUAUUAAUUACGAUGAGAAAGUAUAUCUAAUUAGUAACAAUUCUUUCACCAAACUUUUUUGUGAUAACUUUUCUGUUAGCUAUCUUUUUUUGUGAAAUGUAUAAAUAUACAUGUCAUUUUGUAUUUAUAUUCACGAGCUAUUUCGUCACGUGGUACGUGAUUUUAAGAGAUCGUAAAAAAUAAUUUUGAAUUCUACUAAACAAUGUUUUGUAUUACUUGAUGUUUAUUUGAUCUUAUGAUACACAUAUUGAUUUGUGUAACAAUAUAAAUGCACUUGUCGAAGAAACUUAUUUAACGUAUAGAUCUUCUCAUAUUGAGAACAUCGUAAUCUUUCAUUUUAUAAUUUUAAAGUAUUCAUAAUAAAUUUUGCAUACCUAAGUACGCUAUUAUUAUAUUAUUUACUUAACACUUAAAUAACAAAUGUUACGGAAUUUAGUUAUUAUAAGAAAUAUUUGAUAAUAUUUAAUUCCUAGAAUUCUAUAAAUUAUAUUUAAACGUAGUCUAAGUAUAUAGUAACACAUCUUAUAUUUUAUCAUUAUGUGUGAGAAUAAAAUGCAAGAUAAUAUUCAUAAUUGUCAUAUAUGAAAACAAUGUAUAAAUAGUGUAAUAUGUUUCUCGGUUUGAAAAUUAAUGAUUGGAAAUACGUGAUGUGCUAUUUAAUUUAAUGCUAAUCACUUGAAUUCCUGCACCUCGAAAUGAUGUAAAGCAUUCAUUUUUUUUAUAUACAAAUGUAUUACCAUGAUAAGAAUAAAUAUGAUAUAUAUAUGUAUAUGUA